CCGGAAGUACUCCUCCUCCGGAGUUUUGUAGGCGAAGGAAACAGGCGGUUGCUGUAGGGGCAUCCUCGAGAUCGCCAUGUAUCGGCAGGGCUUCCGGCCUCCCACGCCGCCGUCUUCGAGUGGCUCCGGGUUUCUGAGCCCUGCCUCUGGAGGAGCCUCUCCACAAGGCUACCGAAGCCCUCGCCACAUGUCGCCUUACGGAUCCCGCUCGAGGCCGUACGACAUUUCUCCUCGCUCUCCCCGCUUCCCAACAUGCGGGGAUGGUGGAGGCUGGUUUGGAGGCUCGGCAGCGACCCACACACCACGUAGGCCCCACAGCGCCAGUCCCAGCCACCUGGCUCCCUACAGUGGCGGCAGGUCCCCCGGAGGAGCAUUUUACCAGCAGCAGCCCUUCAAGCAGCCGCCUUCGGGGGGCUACCAGAGAUACAACCAGGGAUCACCCCGAAUAUCGACUCCAUUUGGCACACCACAUGGGAAAGAGAAAACACUGUCCAAUGAUGAUGUGGAGAAUUAUUAUAAACCUUCAAUGCUUGAAGACCCAUGGGCAGGCCUAGAUCCAGUUUCUGUUACUGAUGUUAACCAACAAUUCAGCCUUGAACAAGCAACACAUUGUGGUAGAAAAGGGAGAUAUUUCAGCUAAAGAACUUGCAAGUUAAAUAUGUUUGGGAGAUACUGAUAUGUUUGGGAGAAACUGAAAUAGAAUUGCCUUUCUUAAGAUGAUCAUUAAGCAAUGAUCAUAUAUUUUAAUUUCCAUAGUUUUGUUCUGCCAUUUUGACAAGAUUGAAUACUUUUAUACAGAAAGAAAGAAGAUACUUUUACACUUCUGUAUAUAAAAACAGAAAUACUAAGAAUACAUUCUUAGCCAUUCUUUAAUUAGUUUGACAUUUUCAAGGGUCUUCCUAAGCAAAUUGUUUAAGAUUGUAAGCUUCUUGAGAAAAUGUCAAAAGGAGAAUUUCAAAAUAAAAUAUAUGUUUGUAUUACAAA